AUGACGGGUAAUUCUUAUUCUCUGGAGUCAGAGGAACUUAACGAUGAUCUUCUGGAAUUCAGACGCUGUGGGUACGACCAGAAUAAAGGCAUUGGCUUGUGGAUUAAAUAUUUAUUUGUGGUUUUUCUAGUUGUAGGUUUAUUUGGAGCAUUGGCUAUAUUAGGUAUAGGAAUUUGGACGUACGAAGCUGAAUAUGGAAGUAAAGUUUUAUCCAAGUUAAUCGGAGUCAAUCUAUAUCAGGUUGAUUCGUAUAUUUUAAUCGGGGUUGGUUCCGCCAUUAUAUUUGUUACUAUGUUAGGUAUUUGUGGAUUGGUUGCUCAAUACAGAUGUCUUAUGGGAUUGCAUCUGAGUCUACUAGCAUUCACGUCAGUAAUGUUGUUUGUAGCUGGAAUUCUGGGAUAUGUUCUUAUCAGCGAGUUAGAAGAUAAAGUACGAAGCAAGAUGGAUGAUACAUUAGUGAAUCAUUAUGGGAUAGAUAUUGAUAAAAACGCACAGAAUCUCGAGAUAACAGAAGCAUGGGAUGAAAUACAGAAAAAUUUUGAAUGUUGUGGGGUGUACGGAGAUGUAAAUGAAACCAAUUCCUGGGCUAUAUAUAAACAAAGAUCCAAAUGGUUUCUUAAAUCAUAUUCUAAUGAAACGUUUGUACCAGCUAGUUGUUGUGAGAAUCGGAAUGAAGAAGAAUGCCGGUAUUUAACUAACAGUACCUAUCUACUAGCUGACCCUGUAGUACAAUAUCCUACUAACGCCAACUUUACUCUGUAUACAUACGGUUGUUUUGAUAAAUUGGAUCCGUAUUUAGAGAAAACUGGAAUAGUAAUUGGUACUACAGCCAUAACUGUUGGUGUUUUACUACUGAUAGAGUUAGUACUAUCUAUUUUAAUGUACAGAAUGUUGCCUCCAAGUUAA